CGGGGUGAGAGGUGAAGGGUCAGAGGGAAACACGUGGGUGGAGGACACGGAGCCGAUACUUAGCAGCAGCAGCAGACAGAGUCUUUGAGGAUCUCGGCGCUGGACUCAGGUGCCAGAGAAGCAGACCAUGGUGUUCUUCACCUGCGAUGCAUGUGGGGAGUCUGUGAAGAAGGCCCAGGUGGAGAAGCAUUUGAACGUAUGCCGUAACUGCCAGUGCUUGUCCUGCAUCGAUUGUGGCAAGGACUUCCGAGGUCAGGACUACAAAACACACCUGCGGUGCAUCACCGAGAACGAGAAGUACGGUGGCAAGGGAUUUGAGGCAAAGGCCAACAAAGGAGAUGUCAAGCAGCAGCUGUGGUUGCAGAAAGUACAAGACGCAAUCAAUGCCCCAGGCAUCAGCCCCCAGGUCCGUGAUAUCAUGAACUCAAUUGUUGGCUAUGACAAUGUCCCAAGGAAGAAGCCAAAGUUCCAGAACUGGAUGAAAAACAGCCUGCGUAUUCACAAGCAGGAGCUGCUGGACAGGGUGUGGGAGGUCUUCUCCUCGGCACAUGCGAACCAAGUUAACCCCAACCACCAGCAGCAGAACAAGGUGGAGAAUGAGGAGACUCCACAAAGCAAUGUGGUGCCCACGAAUGGCGGGACUUCGCUGGAUGAUGAAAACACAAAGCAGGAACCCGUGGAACGCAAAAAGAGUAAACAAGAGAGGAAGGAGGAGCGGCAAAAGCAAAACAGGGUCGAGAAAAAGGAUAAGAGGAUUCAGAACACCGAUGACUCGGAGCAAAAUGAAGAGAGCAGGAAGAGUAAAAAGAAAAACAAGAAAGGACAGGCGACUGAAGAAGAGGGUGAGGCGGCGGAGGAGGGCAAUGGGGAGGUGCAGAAGAAUGGAGAGACUAGAGGGAAAAAGAAACGCAAGCGGAAGGGGGAGGAGGCCGAGGAGGCGACUCGUGAGAAGGAGAAUAGCGAAGAGCCGAGCAAAGCUAAAAAGGUCAAACGCAAUGGAGAUGAGCAAGAAAAGAAGAAGAGUAAAAUAUCAGAUGAGGCUAAGAAAGACGAAUGCGAAAAUGGCGCACAGAAAGGUAAAUUUAACUGGAAAGGAACAAUCACGGCCGUACUGCGCGUGGCUGAGAACAAGGAGAUGUCGGUUAAAAAGCUGAGGAAGAAGGUAUUGGGCCAGUAUUUGGCCAUGGACGUCGGUGGGAAGCCAUACACUGAAGAGGAACUCUUGGCCUUGUUCAAUAAGAAGAUUCAAAGUAAUCCAAAGUUCAGAGUUCUCAAGGACAAGGUCGUUCGGCUUGUCGACUAGAACAAGGAAUCGUCCAGCCAGGAACACUUUGCAGAAUCAGUAAUUGAACUGCUUUGUAUCAGAGCAGAGAAGGAACUUCAAUGUUUUUUAUGUUGAGAUAUGUUUUGAUAUACCUGGGUAUAAUAUGUAAUUGUGAUACAAGUGGUUAUGUUGUACACUUUUUAUUGAUGCACUGCAACACAUUUCAAAAGCUUUUGGGAUUGCGUCUUGUUGGAAUUCUAAGGAACAAGCUGUUCUUGUGAAAAACGUUGGGAACAGAUGAAUCGGUGGUUGAGAUUUUGGCACCUGGAUUGAAACACGACCCUUGCAUUCUUUAGAGUGCUGUGUGCCAAAUCAAACCUGGUUACAUACUGUACUUGUAAAUGCUGUACAUUUAAUUUUGGAUGAAAUUGCGUGGGUGAGCUUUUUACCUGUAGUAACGUACAUCUAUUAUGUUGUCUUAUAUCAAAAACAUGAUGCAAAUUCCAUUUUUAUACGGCAAUUGUACAAACUGAUAAUGGUUUGGAAUGGAUAUUUUAAGGCUUGUCAAUAAAAACGUAUAUGCUAACCACAAACUGCAAAUAUUUUCACAUGUUUCGUCCAGUUUUACGUGCAUUCAAUGCAUGUUGAAUUUAGUUACCCUUAAAUUUUGAUUUAAAGCUUUCGUGACUCAUAUUCUUGUUUCUUUCGGUAAAGUCACGUAGAAGGGAAAUAAUAAAAUAAUUGAUUGCUUGUGUUGCAGUCGAAACGUUGUGAGAAUUUUUAUUGUUUUAUAUUAUUUUAGUUCCCCUUCAAUGGAAAAUAAGGUAAUUGAAGGCAGUAAGCAGCAUAUACUGUACUCGGAAGAAAUAUAAAUUGAAAUAUUUUUUUUCCUGAGUGUGUAUGCUGGUCCCUCAUUACCUCGUGUUCAUAUCAAGUCCGUGAAUACACGUUCUUUAUAUUUCAAUUCUAUAUCCAAAUAUAGUUUUCACGCCUAUUAACGAAUCCCCAAUCUCGGCAGCUAAAGGCAAAAUUCAGCCAGGAUUGUGUUUGGAGGGGGCAACCGCCACAUGUCUAUACGGGUGGUACUGAAAAGUUACAUCGGAUUCAUUCUGAUAUUUCUGACUGCUGAAAGAGGGCUUACAGCAGCAUAACAUAAAUAUGCUGCCCGGGACUUGGAACUUACAACUUGGAAUCCCUUUUUGACGAGCUACUUGCCCUGCCAUCCACCUUGCCGGAUUGUCCAAACAUGCAAAUUAGACUGUAUUCAAUCUUGAUUUGAAGCUUUCGUGACUGCAGGAAUCCAUACUCUUUGGUUCUUUCGGUAAAGUAACGUAGGUAUAAAAUAUAAUAAAUCACGACGUUUCGGGUGCAACACAAGCGUCCGUCAUCAGGUGGGAAAGCAUGGUCUGCUGCUGAGGCAGACUGGUUUUAAACGGUUUGAAAUGGGUGUCGCCUAAGGGUCAUAAAGAAGUGGCCAGGGCGAGUGAUGUUAAUGUGAGAAAUUAGCAUGUAACUAGAAAAGAAGGAAAGCGGCCUCCUAGACGAGGGCACGGAAGUGGCUGUUAAUGUGAGAGAUUAGCAUGUUAAUGUGAGAGAUUAGAGGGCACAGAAGUGGCUAUGUGAAUGUGAGAGAUUAGCAUGAUGUUAAUGUGAGAAAUUAGAGGGCACGGAAGUGGCUGUGUUAAUGUGAGGGAUUAGCAUGAUGUUAAUGCGAGAAAUUAAGAGGGCACGGAAGUGGCUAUGUUAAUGAGAGAGAUUAGCAUGAUGUUAACGUGAGAGAUAAGAGGGCACGGAAGUGGCUAUGUUAAUGUGAGAGAUUAGCAUG